AUGACGGUGCCUAACUUCAACAGGAGCAACUCAUUCCUUCAGCAAACCACGACCUUGAAUAUACUACUUAUAAUUGUAUCCGCCUUGCUACUCUUGGAUUUCUUGACGAGAUUGGUCGGAAAUAUCAACAAUCAAUCCAGCGGCGAUGGCUCUGCUAUCUCUUCGGCAGCAUCAGCGCUAUCGACAUCUUCAGAUGCAAAUGGUGAUGGCCCAAUCAUGUGGAGUCCAGAACAAAUUGUGUCGUAUAUGACGGCGUAUCCACAGCGCAGUUACUUUUCUCAUUUUUUUGCCUAUGGAGGCUUUCGCCGAGGAAUUGAAAUUGGGGUGCAAGAUGGUCGGUACAGUGAAGUGUUGCUGGAUCAGAAUGCCCGCCUUUUGAAGGAUCAUUGGUCACUGGUUUUGGUCGACCCCCAUCCGACGAAAUAUUUGAAGGAGCGUCUCGGCAUGGACGGCAAACCAGGUGUUUGGAAGCAGGAAGGUUAUCUAAAAAAUGUGGAUGUCACAUUUGAACGAACCACGGCGAUGGAUCCAGAACUGAUAGCAAAGUAUCCGGAUGGGUAUUUUGAUUUUGUCUAUCUGGAUGGUCUGCAUGAACACCAUGAAGUAAGAGCCGAGAUACCGAUAUGGUGGCACAAGGUGCGCUCGGGAGGCGUUCUGGCAGGCCAUGACUAUUGUAAUUAUGGAGAGGAAGGACUGUCGUGCAAUGGAUGCAAGGAAAUUCCAGAAUGUAGGCCCUAUACGUUGUAUGGAGUAGAUUCAGCUGGACCAAAGGAAGGGCGGUCUUCGAACCAAAAUGGUGUAGUCAUGGCCGUGCAAGAAUGGAUGGUAGAAGAAUCUGGUGAUCCCACUUUGACAGUGCAUCACACGCAAGAAGACUAUACACGAAAAAGUCUGGCCAAGGAUGGCUUUGAGUUUUAUCAGGUGAUUGCAAGGGAUCGCAAUCCAUCAUGGUUCAUUGUCAAGCCAUGA